CUUCAACAAAGUUUGUUCCUCAUCCAGGAACGACUAUCUUCCUUCGUCUUUAAAGGGCUGUCUAGAGGUGACUACAUCCAGAUGGACUCCUACCAAUAUUCGCUCAACGUCCGCUUUUGCGAGAUCUGUGCUGGCUGUCUCAGCAAGAGCGGUAAGGACAGUGUCCCAUCUCUGACCAGGGCACUUGAUACGAUCGCUAGUGAUCUUGCAAAAGAUGGGGACCUGAGGAUUCGUAUGGGGUCGGAAAAUCCUUCGAUAUGGCCGUCCCUCCAACAGCUGUGGAAUUUCCUUGCGGACUAUCCCUCAGCGGAUGCGGAUGUCGCAGAAUUGCGCGUCCUCGUGAUAAGCGUCGCCAGAUUUACUAGGAAUAUUGUUGCAGGCGUUGCAGCGAACCAGCAGAAUGCAUUUGCAGUCGAGCCAGCUCUUCGCCGUGUUCUGCAUCUGUACAGCUCCUGGUCUGCGUUUCAAGUUACGGAUUCUUUUCCGGCUACUAGGAUGUCCGUUCAGGCACUCUCAAACAUUGUUACCACCAACGAGGAUCUCACGUCCCGCCUUUGGAAUACUUAUCUAACUCUGCCUGAGGAGCAGGCGAUUCUGAUUCGCUUGCUCGGCUCCCCUGACCAUAAGACCAUCCUAUCACUCUUGAUACUUUUGGUAAAUUGUAUUCACGAUAGUUCUGAGCGUCGUUCUUUACUCACAAAGUCACGUGGAGGAGCCCGAAUAUGUAUAACGCUUUUGGACCGUGUGGUCCUAUUGUACGAUGCGGAAGAAUCCACCGAUGGCGCAAAGGCGUUUGACUAUGGGUAUCAUCUGUUUGCACACUUAUUUGACGGCGGCUUUACACCAGAUCUGUACAACUCUUUGUCUGUUGAAGGGGAGGUAAUUGCGCAGCACCAGACCACUCUUCUGAAACUCCUCGACUCAUACUUGCAAUCGUCGCAAAUAUGUCCUAUACAUUGCGAUAUGUGCCCUAUGCUAUCGGAAAUUUUCUUCUCGCUCUCGUCAUAUUCGCAGUCAGCAAUUACACGAGCUAUCAAUCCCAUCAAUUCGGAGCCUUUGGAUGGUUCCAUCGAACACCUGCAAGAACUUGAUUUAUUACUGCCCAAAACGUGCGAGGCACUCGUACUGGCAACUCAGUGUAUUGUCAAGAUUUCAUUACUAUCCGAGGACCAGCGGACUGUGGAUUCAUCCGCUUUAGAUUUACGAGCGAUCUUCCGAGCUGCCAACUCAACUGACGGCCAGGGCAUCGCUGAGAGUAUUAUAGAGCUCCUGCGGCUUCUUGACGCGUUUCUUCCACGCAUCUACUUUGGCAAGCCUGUCAUUGAUCCCACGACAGAUCGAAGCAUUCCAUCGUCAGUCGCAGAACCCAGUGGAUUCUCGUACUUAAAACGAGAUCUCGUCCGUUUGGUCGGAGUGCUUUGCCAUCGAGAUAAGACAUUCCAGAACCGCAUUAGGAUAUGCGGUGGCAUUCCCGUUAUUAUGAAUAUGUGUGUUGUGGACGAACGUAAUCCGUACCUUCGAGAACAUGCUAUAUUAACACUUCGGAACUUGUUGGAGGGUAACAUAGAAAAUCAGGACGAAGUGAACAGCAUUCAACCAUCAGGAUAUUGGGAUGAAGCGGGCGUGCUGCACGAGAAGGUUGGAGCUACGCUGAGAUAACCAGCUGUCAAAACGUCAUACCAUGAGUAAUUCUA